CUUUCGUAACUUUCCCAUCCUAACCUAUAAGUUGAAAUUACAAUAAAAACAAACAGAAAUUGUGGUCCAAUAAAUAAAUCACAUCACAUUAAAACACUUCCUUGUAAAUUGCUUUCGUCUGUCGUAUUUCUAAAUUUAUAUAUCCUGAUGAAUCGAUACCUUAUUCAUUUAUCUUACAUCGGGACACAGUUCAGGGGGAUUCAAAAAAAUCUUACGAAGGAAAAUCCGACUCUGGAAGAUCCACAAUCGAUCGAAGGCAGUUUGGAAAUUGCCCUGAAAAAGCUGCAUCCGGCGAACGAUUUUAAAAUUAAAUUAUCGAGCAGGACCGACGCUGGAGUUCAUGCUCUUCACAACACAGUCCAUGUUGACUUAGAGCGAAGAAAUGGAAAACCUUAUGAUGAGGUUAAAGUUACCCAAUGCCUAAACAGGGCUUUGGGAUCUCAGGAGCUUCCGAUUCGAAUAAUCAACACCCAACUAGUUCCCAUGACCUUCCACGCACGUAUGUGCGCCAAAUCACGCACUUAUCUCUACCGGUUAGGUGUACUGCGUCGAAGGUUUUGCGAAGGUCCUUCUAUGCACGCUUUAAAUCGGUUCAUUCCGAUUGAGGAGCACGAUCGGUGUUAUUUCAUUGCUCAUCCAGCGUUUGAUAUUGAAACGCUUCGGCGAGCCGCCAGUUCGUUUGUAGGGUAUCAUGAUUUUCGUACUUUUAUGACGGUUUCCCGUGGAAAUCAGAAGCAACACGAUGCUACGUACACACUAAGACGCAUCCAUAAAAUUUCGGUGGAAAAAGGCACAUGCAUGACUUCGGCGUUCAACCGCAAUUUGGCGGAUCAGUAUUACGAAUUCUGGGAUAUUCGGAUAAUGGGACGUUCUUUUUUAUAUAAACAGGUACGGCGUAUGGUAGGUGUUUGGAUCGCCGCAGCAGAAGGACGAAUAACCGAAAGGGACGUGCAACAGAUGCUAACAGUACCUUCGCAUCGUUCCUGGUGCAAUCAAGCGGUAGUGGCUCCAGCUUACGGGCUUUAUCUUUGUCAAGUUGAAUACGACUCGGCGGAUUUGACCUUUAUAUCGCCCAAUGAGUUUUCUGGAGCAACUGAAGCGAAAGAAGCAGACACUGCAACCAACUGAAACUGUUGUAACGUAUGCAGAUGGCUCUCGAAAAAUUUUCCGCGGUGAACUAGAACGUUCUGCCCCAGCCCGACUAGGAUUUAUCAUUGACAACAGCCCUGACCAGACGCC